AUGAUUCCCAUCCAAUCGCGCAUUCGCGAUAUGGCUCUCGCCAAGGCACCAGUGGUCGCUCCAGUCGCCAGCACCGCUCCAGUUCAUGCCAGCUUCUCUUCCAGUGGUAGCUCAUCUGAGUACUCGCUUCUCUCAAACCCUUCAGCACCACCACCCACCCCGACCAACUCACUUUACGAUAUCAACCCACGCAAGUCUUCGUUCUCCAGCGAGUACGGUAUGGGUGCAGCAUGUGCUUUCCCUUCAUGGCCCAACCGGGCUUCAUUAUCCAGCGGCGAGUCCAGUGACUUGUUCGUAAACAACGCCUAUCUCUCAGACGAAGACCUCCUCUGGAUCCCCGAACAAUCCAUCCCCGAAGAAGAAACAACACAAGAGCCCGCCGAUAUCAUCUCAUCAGUUACUAUGGAGCAACAGCUUGCACAGAUCCGAGCCGCCGCCGAAGAUGAGGACCGCGCACGCUUCCUAGCCAAGGUGCAGGCCAUUGCCCGCGCUCAGCAAGCAUUAAGACAAGCAAAGAGCGUUGCGACCGAGCGACCCACCCUCACAGUGACACCAAAGAGUAACAAGAAACGCCGCGUUUACCCAAGCAAACGACGCGCCCAUUCAGCAUCCAAAGUACCGGUUGUCUAA